AAAUUUGGGAAUCAAGAGACCACACUACGACAGCAUAAAAAUUCCGUCGUUUGCUGUGAUCCAAAACGACCGCUCCAACUAUCGUUUCACCUUUUACCUUUCUUUGCUCAAACAUUGAAUUCAGAACCGAAGAAGAACAAGAACAAGAUUGGGAAUUGGAUAAAAAUUUGAAGAUAAGGAUCAACAAUAGAUAAGAAUAACACAACCAGGAACAGAUAUUGAAAUUGUGGCUUUUGGAAGUGACAAAGAUUACUGCUCGAAGAGUUGAAGUAAAUUAGUUACUUUAUUUUGACAAUUUUGGUUUUGUUAAUGUUCAAGACUAAAAUAAAUGAUCUAUCCUUUGGCUUAAUUAUUUUGCUUUUUUGGAACUUAUGUUUCUGCGGCCAGAGUCUGAAGUUGAACCAAUGGAUUGUACACCUGCUAGAAAGACACAAAAGGCUGACCGAGAAAAGUUAAGGAGGGAUCGACUCAAUGAACAGUUUGUAGAACUGGGUAACAUUUUAGACCCUGAUAGGCCCAAAAACGAUAAAGCAACCAUUCUAGGCGAUACAGUUCAAUUGCUGAAGGACCUUACUUCUCAAGUUAGUAAACUAAAAGAUGAAUAUACUAUGCUAAAUGAAGAGUCUCGUGAGUUGUCUCAGGAGAAAAAUGAUCUCAGAGAAGAAAAAGCUUCUCUUAAAUCAGAUAUCGAGAAUUUGAAUAACCAGUAUCAGCUUCAACUAAGGACUAUGUAUCCAUGGCCUGCAAUGGAUCAUUCCGUUAUGAUGGCUCCACCAUCAUAUCCGUAUCCAGUCCCAAUGCCAGUACCUCCUGGUUCAAUUCCCAUGCAGCCGUACCCCUACUAUGCUAAUCAACAUCCUGCAGUCAUCCCUAACCCGUGUUCAACAUAUGUUCCUUUUUUAGCCCCGAAUACAAUUGUGGAACAACAAUCCACUCAGUACAUAUCCCCGCCUCUUCAUCCAGGUAGCCGGUCCCAUGUAUCAGGAAAACAAGACUCCAAAAACAAAUCAUCGAGGGAGAGCAAGGCUCAAAGAAAUGAGGAUUCCAAUGAUGUAGCAACGGACCUUGAGUUGAAGACUCCCGGGUCUUCUGCAGAACAGAAUUUAUCAUCCGCACAAAAAAAAUCUAGUAAGUCGUCAAGGAAGGAAAACAGUUUCACAGAAGGUAGUUCAUUAGGCAAGUGUUCUUCAUCUCACAGUGUUCAGGAUAGCUCAUCAAGUAGUGUAGUUGGGGGAAGAAAGUCUACUGAAUGAGAAAGGACAUAAUUUUAGACAAGUGCUUAUGCCUUUCGAAGCUACUGUGAGGGUUUUCGUUGUGCUGCUGCUGCAACUAUUCUAAUAGAGGUAUAACAUCUAUUCUUUCUUAUCCAAAAAAGAAAUUCGCUUCUGUUAUCUCUUCCUGACUAGGAAUUUUUAUUCUGCGUACUGUUGUAAUUUAAUCAUAAAUUUUCCUUGUGAGGGAAAAGCUUCACAGGUUCAAUUGUUUAUAUUCCUAUUUCUUGUGAAAAAUUUAAAUUACAGAUGGAAACUAUCCAAGUUGAGACCAGUGUAGGUAAUGUGUUGGUUUGUAAAUCCCUUAAUUGCAAACUAUCCUAAAAUGACCAUGCUAAUUUUAUCUAAUGUAUUGCUUGGAUUAUAAAUGAAAGUUUUGUCCGUGCGACUA